AUGUCCGACUCUUCCGUCAAUGCCGUCUCGGAAUUCUAUACCCCCGGCCCGGUCCAAUACAGUCCUGCCAAAGUUUCUGGUGUGGCGGUCCUGGUAGUUGCCGGGAUCCUUUCCCUCGUGGCAGUGAUUCCGGCGCUUUACGGACAUACGCAUCCUGCCCUUCUUUGUAUCCCUCCUGGUGGCCAACGCCCUACAGGCGUAGGCACGAUCAUGAACGCCCGCUGGAUCCAUGACCGCAACGUCGUCUCUGGCGGGAUCAAGCAGGCAGGCAAUGUCGGCAUGGCGCUCUGGUCUUUUGCGCUCUCGGCACACGUCUUCAUGCUGCUCUUCGUCCGCCGCUUAAGCCUCUCGGCUAUGCAGUCUUGGGUUAUCCUCGGCGUUGGCUGGUUCCUGAUUGCAUUUGUGGUCGUCAUCGGUCCGACUGUCAUCGAGAGGUCUGGCCGUGGACCGUACUUCGGUCCCACUGGCUUCUGGUGCUGGAUCACAGGAGAGUAUCCGAGGGAGCAAUUCUUCCUCGAAUACUUCUUCGAGUUCCUCUCCGCCUUCCUCUCCUUCUUUAUGUACAUGAUCGUCCUCCUCCGGGUGCGCGGAAACCUCACCCGGGACAGCCAGGGAAAGUGGCACCUCCGCUUCGUCCCUCAUGGAGAACGAUGGAGGCUCGCCAUCCGGCGCGACUCCGUCGACGAGUGCAUGAUGAACGUCGCCGCGCGGAUGAUCUGGUACCCGUCGUGCGGUCCGGGACAGGUCGCGUACACGAUCCUCCUCGUCCCCGUCACCGUCGCACGCUUCUGGGAGUUCGGCGGCCACCACGUCCCCUUCCGCGCGACGAUCUUCGCCGACUUCGUCUUCAACCUCCAGGGCGUCGCCAACGUCCUCCUCCUGCUCAUCACCCACCGCUUCGUCCCCCACGCGGAGGCGCUCCCCAUCUUUGCGCCGCGCAGGAACGUGAGCAUGGGCUCCCCCGAGUCGUUCGGCAUCACGCCCUUCAUGCUCCCCCCGCGCGACGAGAUCUUCCUAGUUGGACGUGUAUUUGGUAGCAAGAAUCCCUACUGUAGAGCCUUUCGCAUUCGUAACAUGUCGGCCUUGAUCCGAAAACACCAGGAGCGUCUGGACCGCUCCCAGCUAAACCUCGAGUCGUGA